UCGGCACAGCUCUCUCGACUCGUCUCUCUCCCGCCAAUCAGCUCGACUAAAAAGUAAAAAAAACCACCAGUCAUCGUCAAUGGAGGAGCUUCUAGGGUUUCUUCUCCGAUUCUGAUUCGUACACGAACUGGGCAGCGCUUCUUGCGAAUUCGAUUCUUCGUAGACAGCUUCGUAAUUUCGAGUUCCGAUGGUCAAUUUUAUAGAAACCGAAGUUUUCGCCUCCGAUUCGCAGUCUCCUUCAGCUUCUUCGGAUCAUAGGUUUGAGGUUAAUGGGGAAAUUGAAGAUACUGAGCCGAUUGAUGAAGCAAUGGUAGUACUUGAUAGCUCCUUGCUUGAAACCCCAUUACAAAAUCUCUACGAUGAUACGGAGGUCGUAGGUGACGAUGAAUUGGUGGUUGAUAGUGAGGAUGAAGAUGAAGGAUCGGGUGAUGUUGCUGCUGAUGAGCUGACAACAUGUAUGCUUGAACGAAGCCCCAUAGCUGCAAAUAUACUUUUGGAGUCUGAUGGAUCGAAUGAUCACGAAUGUCAGAUAGGAAAGCGAGAAUCAAAUUGUGAUACUGUGGCCGGAGCUCAAGGUUUUUCUCGAAUUAGUGCUGAUAGUCAUGGUCCAGGGCUGGAUUUUUUGGAUUCUCAGGAACCAGGAGAGGCAUCACAAGAAAAUGCCCUUGGUUUUGUGGACCACUUUCUGAUGGACAAAGAUCUUAAUUUGUCUCCAGUGGUUAUACGGGAAAAUAGUUGGAGAAGGAAGUCACCUCCUGUAUCAGUUGCAAAAGGAUGUCAAUCUCUAGCCAAGAGACUCAAGAGCAGAAGUCCAGCAAGGAAAAUGAGUGUCUUUGAUUGGACUAGUGACCAGUGUGAUGUGCGUGACCCUCAAUACUCUCUGGUCACUCGUGCAAACAGUACAUGCUACAAGAAAAGAGAAGAACAUGUUACAGAUGAUGAUCCUGGAGGUAAGAAAGGAUUUAUGGUGGAUCUGUGUGCGAGUAGAAAAGUCUCAACACAUUCUACACAAAGACUUAUGCAGAACAGUUCUGCAAAACCUCACAAGAUGGAACAAGCAUCGGGUUUGAAUCAGGGAAUAAUGUUUGUCUCACAGAAUGAUGCUCAGUUGCAGGAUAAGGGAUCAAAGGAGCACUCGGAACCCGAGGAAGACUUUAUUGAUAUUGGUGUUAACACUCAAAUUGCUGCUGAAGCAAUGAGUUCUUUAGUGUAUACUCCCUGCACUACAGAAGAUGCUUGUGAACCAUACCCAAUUCCAGGGAGGAUAUCAGAAAUGAGGUAUCAAGUUAGCAAUCUUUCUAGAAGGAACAAUGACACCAUUGAGAGUGGAUCUGAUAGAGACAACUGGAGUGGUCCGCUUAGUGCUCCACACAUGGAAAGAAACUCUAAGAAGAAGAGAAAAUUCACCAAGGAAGAGAGAACCGGAACAAAUGUCUCUGCCAUGACAUGUCUUCGUAAAUUAUGUGAAUGGACGCAUCCCAGGGGCAAAAGAUCGCGUCUUAUGCAGAGGCAUCACGCCCCAUUAAGGAGAUCUUGGGGUGCUAGUUCAGUUAAAGACAUAAACGAAACCAACAUGUUGUCAAGCAGGUUACGUGUAUCAUUAAGUGGGACAAGACAAGCCUCUUCUUGCCAAUCAAGAGUCAUUGACGUGGAUGUUGCAAAUCAUGCAUCUCCAAAGAAAAUAUAUGACCGAAGUCAUGAAAGCCCUUGCAAGAAAGAUCUUCCUAGGUUAUUCCUUCGUAAGGAGCAUCCUACGAGGCUUGGAGGACCUGGAAAAUUAGGUGACUUCGUGUGGAAAGACCUAAGGAGACGAAGAAACUUGGCAUAUGUUCGAGUGUUAUUCAGCCAGCAUCUGGAUGAUGAGACAAUCAAGCAGCAGAAGAAGAUUAUGCUUCGACUUGGAAUUUCUCCAGCAUCUUCCUCAUCAGAUUCAACACACUUCAUAGCAGAUAGAUUUUCUCGGACAAGGAAUAUGCUGGAAGCCAUAGCCCUUGGUAAACCUGUUGUUACACCUCUAUGGCUGGAGAGCUGUGGACAAACAAGAUUCUUGAUAGAUGAGAAGAAUUACAUCUUAAGGGAUAGCAAAAGGGAAAAGGACGGGUUCUGCAUGCCUACAUCUUUGGCCCGUGCGAAGCAGCAUGCCCUUCUUAAGGGGUUAAAAGUCUGUAUCACUCCCAACAUUAAACCAAGCAGGGGUAUGAUUGCUGACUUAGUGAAGUUGACUCAAGGGCAGGUAGUGGAGAUAAGUGAGAUAAUUGCUGCAGAGGAUAGAAACUUUCCAGAAGAUCUAUUGAUUCUUUCUUGUGAAGACGAUCAAGAAGUCUGUCUUCCUUUCAUUAAGCAUGGAGCUGUAGUUUACACAUCUGAGCUAUUGCUGAAUGGAAUCGUGAUUCAGAAAUUGGAAUAUGCCAGGCAUCGUCUCUUCUAAAUUGCACACAAAAGGAACCAAAGCGUCACAAAGUUUACAGCAAUACGUUCGCUUACUGAUAUACUGGAGAUUCAGCACCGGGGUUUGGAUUGUUGAAGCUACUACCACUUGGUGCAGCAGCUGGAUUUGUAUGAUAAGGAGGAGGAGGAGGUGGUGGUCCAUUAUAAUUGGGAGGUGGUCCGCCACCUUGACCUGGUAAGGGAGCCAUUCCUGGUGGCCUUAGAAUACCGUUUUGUGGAGGUGGAGGUAGAGGAGCACCAGGCGGUGCCAUCAUCUGCGGUACUCCUGGUGGCGGCAUGUAACCUGCAAAGGUACAAUAUUACAUUUCACUUCAUACUAAUUGUAAGAUGUUCGGUCAAGGUGUAAUUGAAUGGAAACUAUUCGUAAGAGUCUGAGGAGUCAUGAAAUGCAAAACAAGUGACAAAUCAAAUAUCAUAUUGAUCAGCUGUGCAAUUUAACACAAA